CUUUGCGGGUAGAGAGGAGAGGGCAGGGCAGCGAGGCCGCCCUGGGCCGCAUGGCGCCAGCGGAGGGGCCCUGCUGUGAUUUGUCCUUGUCCUUCCCGGCGUGCACGGGAGGUGGUGCUGGUUCCCCGGCCUAGCCCCGGGGAUGUGGGGGCCGGAGCGGGGGUGUUGUCCUUGCUCUGGCUGAUCAGGAACUAAUGGAAACGGUUCAAGUGGUUCACCGAAAGAGCUAAGCGUCGUCCAGAGGCGUGGUUGGUGGUGAAGGGUUCCGUGCUGUGGUGCUUGUGGAAAAUACAGUGUUCUGUAAAGUUAUUUGCUGAAGUCUUGGUGCAGUUGGCAGAGGGGAAUGGCUGUGAGAGCUUGUGGCUUGAUCAUCUACAGGAGGCUGCAGCCAGCACCAUCCUCUAAGGUCACUGACAGCAUCGAGUACCUCCUGCUUCAGACAUCCUAUGGAACCCACCAUUGGACCCCGCCCAAAGGCCAUGUGGACCCAGGGGAGGAUGACCUGCAGACAGCCUUUCGGGAAACACAGGAGGAGGCUGGUCUGCAGGCCAGCCAGCUCACCCUCAUCGAGGGCUACAAGAAAGAGCUGCACUACCCUGUCCACGGCAAGCCUAAGACUGUCGUGUACUGGCUGGCAGAAAUGAAGGACUGCAACACAGAAAUCAAGCUGUCAGAGGAGCACCAAGCUUUCCAGUGGCUGAAGCUGGAAGAUGCCUGCAAAUUUGCAGAAUUUGAGGACAUGCAAGCAACGCUGAAAGAAGUGCAUCAGUUUCUCUGCUCCAGAGAAUAAGUGUUUUUGUGAAGUGUAAGGGGAUUUCUUGAGGAGACAGGUCUGCUUUUUAUGUUUUUAACUGGAGGAAGCAUUAUAUGGCUGCAGAAGUGUAGAUUUUUUUUUUUUUUAAUAUCUGUAGAAAUUCAGUGAGGAAAUAUGGAGCUUUUAAAGAGACUAUGCUUUUGUCUCCCCUAGCUAGCACAAAAAAAUAGUGUGAUUGAACCAUAAACUGGAGAUGUCUGAAUUGAAAUCCAGAGCUAACAAAAGACUUCCUCUGUCUCUGUCUCCUUUUCUUUUUGUUUCCCCUUUCUUUGUCUUCCUUGAAGUGCUAAACAACCACAGGUCUUUUUGAAAAAUCAAACACUUCAUACAUCUUGACUUGCUGAUGUAAAGCUGGAGAGUUGAGAAAAUGAGCAUAUGGGGAUUUUUAAUAACAAAACGUUUACUGCAGAAGUCAUACCUUGAAUUUCAAGUGAGGAAGCAGUAGUUCUAUUCACAACUCUUCCCAGUGAUAUGCAGUGAUAACUUGUCAGAUCAUUUCAGGUCGUCUUUGUAUCAUGAAUUUAUGUACAUCCCUAAUGUACUGUUGUGAGAACAUUUUUCAUCCAGAGAGUCUUAGUAAAUUAUUGAGGUAUGGUAUUUAAGUGGUAAUUAAAGUUCUUUUGCCUCUUUC